UCAUCCCAUCACUCACUCUCCCCCGUAAUCAUCAAACCAAACCCACCAAUCUCCCUCUCUCUCUCUCUCUCUAGAAUUCCAAAACCAUCAUGUCGAACAUGCAGCAAUCCUUCAAGGCAGGCCAGACCAAAGGCCAAGCUUAUGAGAAAGCUUCGGAGUGGACAGAAUCUGCCAAGGAGACUGCGAACACAGCUCGGGACAAGGCCCAACAUGGCCAAGAACAAGCUUCUGGUUUCUUACAGCAGACGGGAGAGCAAGUGAAGAACAUGGCACAGGGAGCAGUGGAAGGUGUCAAGAACACUCUUGGCAUGAACGAGAAGAAAUGAGUUGUGAAGACAUGACCUUACAAUCUCUUUUCUAUUUACUUUAAUUUAUGCUUGUAAUAAAUAGAAAAAAAACCUCUCUGGUUUUUUUUUUCUUUUUUCUUUUUUGUUGAGUUUCGUGUUUGAGAUUUGGGAUUUCAGAUGUAAUAAAAGGGUUUUUUUUUU